GUUCAUUUUCAACUUCAACUCAUCUACAAUCUAUAAGUACCUGUCUGUUGUCUCCCUCCUGUACCGGAUUCCACUCAAGCUUCAAACAACAAUAACAAGCAUUCCAUUCGAAUUGUCUAUAUUUCAAGAAGAUCAUACAUAUACAUAACAUCCACCAUGUCGAAGAACCCUACCGCCCUCUACCUCGGCAUUGCUGCCCUCGGCGCCGGUGGCUAUUACAUGUACCGCGCUGGAGGCGAUCCCAAGGUUGCGAAGGAAGAGAUGAGACAUGACGCCCACCUCGCCCGUCUCAAGGCACCCACAGGCGAUCAAGCCGAGAAGGCAGGUGAAAAGGCAGCGUAUGAGGCACGGUUGAAUGUUGAUGAGGCGAUCGACACCGCCAGCAAAGACGCCAAAGAUAGCAUGAACCGUCUGGAGAAGAUUGGUCGCGACAAGACGGCUGAGUUGCGCUCCGGGGCAGAGAAGUUGGAGGGUAAGGUGGAGGAGAAGGCAGCGGAGGCGAAGGGAGCGGUGUCGGGGUGGUUUGGGGGGAAGAAAUAAUAAUCUUACAACCUCUUGGAAGUGAUUUAUAUAAUUGAUGAUGAUGAUGAGGAGGAGGAAGGUGGUUGAUUGCAAAAUGAGAGCUUAGCUGGGCUGGGCUUUUUAUGCUGAUGCUGAUGCUGUUUUAAUAUGCAUCUUUUUUUCUCUACUUUUAUAAUUAUCGUGAUGAUAAGAAUGACGAGUUGUGCCUUGUCUGGAAAUGUCUUUUAUGUACUUAUCUACGUAUAUCUGGCUUGGUUAAGGUAAUGGGAAUGGUCAUU